CAUGGUGCGCGUUCCAGUAUUACUAUAUUUCAGUGGUUUCCCCAAAAUACUCUGAACCUGCUCGGAGUACGUUAAAAUGUUAUAAUCGAACGCGGCCUAUCACUACAACGUUCGAUUUAUGGUCGAAUUUGAAUUUGAAUUUUAGAUUUAAAUAAUGUUUUAACUAACAAAUUCAAGUGUGUAAAAGAUCAUACUAUACUAUUAUGUCAUGCGUUGUUACGAAUUCACCGACAUUGACAAUAAAUUACUAAUAACAAAUAGUACUUUGAAUGAAUAGCGUUGCUAGAGAAACGUAAAUGUAUGUCAUAACGAAUAAGUGUAGUUUCGACAGAAACAAUUUGACCCUGGCACUGAUCAUUCGCAACGUCAAAAAAAUUUUAAUAAUUUCAAAAGUCUUGACAAAAUUGCAAAUAUUUGAUCGAAAGAUGUCAAAAUCUUCAAAAACGUCAAUACGAAGCUUCAGAAAAUAUGGAUUGAGGAAAAAAACUAAGGAUCUUAAGAACCUUCUAAAGCCGUACAAUUUCUGUUGCGAUAUCAACAAUCGCGACGAAGAGAUACGCUAUGAUAAGCGAAAUCUACCGUUCUCAUCUUCUCUAAUGGUGUUAUCGCCAAUUCAAGAAUCUCCAACACUCAAGUUCCGCUAUCAAUUUACCGAACCAGCAGUAAACGCACGACGAAAAAGUAAAUCGAAACUAGAAGAAUCGGAGCUGGGUGAAAACCCAGGCUCGAAAUCAUGUGAACCAUUGUUAUGGUAUCAAGAGGAAGAAAUUGAAGUAGCCAAAAAUCAAUUUUGGUCUGAAAAGCAAAAGUUGUACAACGAGCAAGCAGAUAAAAAUGCACUCAUUGGAGAGAAAAAAGUCAAGGAAAAGAUGGGUUUAAUGAAGGUUGCUACUGGUCCACGAUGGUAUCAAGAUCUCUCAAUUCCACAAAAUAUAUUUUCUAAAUGGUAUAAGAUGAAACAAGUACUGGCACUCGAAGCCACCAUGACUGCUGAUUAUGAGGAGACGAUAACUGUUAGAACACAAAAAGCUCUUGCAAUCAUUGGCGCAACGUCUACCUUCUGUAAAAUUGAUCCUCCAGUUAUAAAAAAGUUGCAGCGCAGAACUCAGCUUAAGCCGGUUCAAUUCUUGCGAGAAAUUUAUAGAAGAGUUACUGGGCAGUAUUUCGAGGAAGAAGAAUAUAAAAAGUCUUACGACUGUAACGAGAGAAUUAUUCUAUCAGCAAUUGCAUUGUUGGCACUACCUGAUACCGUAUUGGAAUUGAACAACAGGUUACCUCCCAUUUCAGAAUCAGUAUUUCCUCCAAAACCUCUACCACCUCGAACGCCACUGCGUGGUUGUAAUGUUUAUAAAUCACCUUAUAUGGAGCCGCUCUCCUUGCCCCCUGACUGGGUAACGUAUAGGAAAUGCUUGGAUAAAUGGCGUGCAAAGUGCAAACUCGUACCAAGACCUAGAAUAAUUUUACCACAAUUGAGAAAAGAUAAACCGAACGAUCGUCUCGACUUUGGGAAUAAGACAUACAGUCAGGCAAAGCUUGAGGAUGUUGUAAGCUCGCAAAAAGAACAAAUACUGGGAAAUGAGGCUAACUUAACGGAAGCUGACGUGAAGGGUGUAAAAACACUGUUUGAUUUCUCUACUCCAAUAUUCCCGGAGAAUGAUAAGCAGACGUUCGACUUUACACUCUCGGGAUUGGGAGAAGAACCUGGACCAGUUAAUUAUGAAAUAUGCGGUACUCUGAAUCCAUCUUUCCCGAAAAGAAAGUCAUGGCUAGGAGAAAAGGAAGCUCAUUAUAUAAUAUCGGGUAUAUCGGAGCACGAGAAUCCCCCAACUUGCCCGGUUACCUAUGUGAUGACAGGAGUUUCUUGCGUCACUCCAAACAACAGCGACGAACAGUUUUUCGCGGAAUUAAAACUUGGUGAUGGUCCAAAACGAGUUUACCCUACAGGUAGAAAAAAUUUAUCCAAAAACUGGCAAGAAUGGUUACAAGAUGCAGAUGAACAGUUUUUGGAGGUUGAAAAAGAGGCCAAUAAGAUCAUAAAAAGUGUCGAAGCAACGAUGAGACUUGUCAUUCCGAAAGGACUUUGCGAUGCUUGUUGCUCUUGCAGACAAACAAAAAAGACUGAUUUGAAAUCGCGUGCAACAAAAACUCCUUACAUGGUGAUUGACAGUAUUGCAGAAGGUGACAAUCAGAACAGAUACAUUGUCGGAUCUCUGGCCAUGCAUUCUCCGGGUCCUAGUCCCGCAGAGUCAACGGUGAACCUCUUAGAAGUGGUCGCGUCUAACGAGACGGUGCAGAAAAAACUUUUAAUAAACGGCAUCACUAGCGAGAGUGGACAAACAACAUAUUAUAUUUCGGGUGUCACACAGGAGACUCAGCAUAUUCCGAGAAAAACAAUUAUCACAGAACAUUCUCCGAAGCCGCUACGGAACGUUCCGCCGUGUGCUUGUACCAUUGAGCAGAUGUUUAAUGAAGGAAAAACACCGAGCGGAAGUGGAGAUGAUAUACCUCAUACUAAGAAGGAAGGUGUUUGUUGCGGGCAUAAAUACCGACCGAAUGAGCUGCCUGCUAUCACGUGUAACAAAUAUCCUGGUGACAGGUCUUGCAGACGCAAUCCGUUCGAUAAUAAGCUGAAGAGAGCUAUGCUAUCCAGAACCGAAACCCCGUGCUGCGAUGAAGCCGAUGGGCCGUCAAAAGAGAAAAAAAUGUUCACUUUGCCGGAUUUUGCGCCAUGCGGGGACGAAGACGGUAUGGCAAUUUGCGGGGGACCGUGGGGUGCGAAGAAUGUUCCCGAUCCGAAGGUCGUUGCUGCACGAGAGGCUGAGGCAAAGCAGAUAUUAAAGGCACCUCCGUGUGGAGGUACACCUGGUAGAGCAGUUUGCGGAGGUCCUUGGGGCGCUAUAAAUCCUUCACCAAAGAUACGUAAGUCGGGUGACGAUGAAGAAGAAGACGAGGAGGAUGAAGAUGAGAAGAGUGAAAAAAACGAGCAGUUGAGCUCGAGGGAGCAAGCAAAAUUAGCGAAUGAAGCUAAAGCCAAGACAGAAAAGUUGAGAAGGGAACAAUUAAAACGUGACAACCUUUGUUCGGCUAGAUUUGAAGAUGAGCUUAGUGAUAAAGCUGAUGGUAAACGAUUCAUGGUGAAAGAAGCACCACCCGUCUAUUGUGAUUUUGAUAAUGAAUGGAACAGAACGCGUACUGCUCCCACCACAAAUCCAUGGAAAAAUGAGUAUGAAAAGUCUCUGAAAUUAACACAAGCAAUAAGAGAAUCUUCCGACGGUCACAAGAUCGACAGACGAGGUGAUAAGGAGGGAGGAAAUUCAUUGAAACGAAAACAAAGAACGGAAGGUAAUACUGAAUCAAAUUGUUUUGGCAGGAAUCAAUCUCUAAAAGAGGAUACAAACAAUAUGAGGUCCAAUAUUAAAGGAUACGGCGUAAAGACAAAAGAUAAUGUUGAAAUGAUUUACAGUGGUAAACAGGCGUCAAAAGGUCAGCCUCGCUUAAUCAAUUCGAACGCAGUUACCAAUGGUCAACAAUCUAAUGCCAAAAGCGGACCUCUGGCAAGUGACCGUGUGAGAACUAACUCGCCUACUUCUAACAAAAACCGAAUAGGUUCUUCGAAAGAAAAUCGAAUAACUCGGAAGGCCGAAGGUUUAAAAAAGGCCAACGCUUCUUCUGCAAUCAAAAAAUCACAACCAACUAAAGAAUUUGCUAACUCCAAAAAGGUACAAGAUGUUGACAAACUGAAAAAAAAACGCACUCAGAGUUCCGAAAAACGUAAAGAUGGUAGAAGCAAACCAUCGAUGAAAAAUAAUUGCGGUAACGAAACAGAUAAGAACCGGUUGAAAAAAAUUACAAAGCUUCAAAAAUCAUCACCCCAAAAAUCUCUCAGGCAUGAGCGUGACGUCACAUUCGAAAAACAUAAAACUGAAAUAACUCCUGGCUCUUCGUCAUCUGCUCCACAGGCUCAGGCAACUUUGAAAGUAGGCAAAAAAUCUAAUCAGUACAAAGUAGAACCUGCAAUAAUUCCAGAUGAACCACGUAUGCCUUGCCAAAGACAGGAUACACAAUCCGACAGCGAGUCGGACAAUUGCGGGUGUUCAGAGGAGGGGGAAACUAGUAUGAACAAUAAAAUCCUUGAAGCAAAAGAGGGUCCAUUUGGGUGGAGAACUAUAUCCCAACAAGCACUUCCACGAGAGAAGACUUUGGUAUAUCUUGUGGAACCACCUGAUCAAGUAGAUAUGGUAAAAGUACGAGAAGGUGGGCGACCAUGUAAAUGCAGAGAAAACAGAAACAAAAAAAAAAUUCUCAUUUAUAAUAUUGGAGGAGCAGUUAGCCUUUCAAAGGGUGGCAGAAGAAAUGACCGGCCCCAGCUCAUAGAAGGAGUAACUUAUAUAACACCUCCGCAAAGCCCUAGAAACAGCAGUGAAUACAUCCCUGAGUACGAACUCUUUGAAUCCCCCUACAAAAUGUGCGAACGAAAAAGAUCUGACCAGGAUCUAAAAUAUAUAGAUGAAAUCUCGACUCCCCAAGGCCUGUCACCAAAGAAAGAAACUAACGUGGAAUCGUGUGCGUGUCGCAAUGAACUUGAAGAGUGUACUGUAGAAAAUUUACCUACAAAGAAAACAGAGCAACGCACAGAUGGUCCAAAAGCAAAAAAGCGGUCUUCAGCUCUGAAGGAUGACGGCUUGAUUGAUUACUUUACUAGUUGUCAAGACGCGGUACCUUGUUGGUUGAGGUGCGCAAAGUUUUCGAAAGCUGGUUGUUGCGCGAAGCCAAAAUUGUUACAGGUAAAAAAGCCCGUAUGUGAAUGCCGGUAUGAGAGACGGGUAGUAAGAAGGGAAGAAGAGAAGCAAAAAUGGUUUGAUCGCCAACAGCGUUUAAGAACAGCCAAAAAACAGCCAUAUAUGCAAGUCGCAGGAACAUCGAGGCCAAUGGGGCAUGAUACGAAGCUCAUCAUUUCAUCAGUAAAAAAAGUUCUGCGGGACGGUGAGUUCAUUCCAGAAGCCCAGUACUGCGUUAGUGGAGUGGCUGAAAAUUAUGCUAUGGGACCUCCUCAGCAUAUUGUUCCCGGUAUUACGAUGCAGAGCCCUUUGGUCACCCCGGAACCUAGCAAACCAGAUAUUCUUUGCAUGUGUGGACACAGGCAUUGGUCUCCGACAGAAAUUAAAGCAAGUGAACUGGCACCAGUAGGUCUUGCUGUACGCACAAAGGGCGACUAUCCGUGUAGAGGAAGAGAGCAGUGGAAGGAGAUUCCUAAUGAUAUUAGUAAGAGCAUGGAGGAGUCACUGGGCAUUGAUGAUAGUGAACCUUAUGUGGCCUACCAUAGCUGCGCUGAUGGUGGCUGGGGUUGUAGCUCGAUCGCUGACAACGGUGGACAAUUGGAUGAGAUGAAGAAACGGAAACUGCAGAUUAAUAUAGCUGAAAAUGAAGUUCGUAACUCAAAUCGUAGUGUAAAAAAAGCGAAGUUAAAUGCAAAAAAAAUUCCUCAAAGUGUAACUGAAAAAGUAAAAUCUGAAAAUACCCAAGUGAGCACUAGUAAGAAUAAGAAUAAAAUGAAAAAAACGAUUAUAACAAGAAAUGAAGAAUUUGAAAAUGCGGAAAAGCAGCAGUACCAUUCACAAAAAAUUGCCUCAUUAACAAAUAAGACCCCAAAGCUAAAUACAGACCCUACUCAAGGUAACUCGGAACAGGAUAAAUCAACUUCAGAAACUAAAAGAGAUUUACAUGAAUUGAUGAAGGUUGAAUUGCUAAAGAUGGCAAGCGAAGAUUUUAUCCUAGCUAAACUGCCCGAGUGUUGGUUGAUACCUCAGUUGAGAUCCUGGAUUGAAUAUCGAGAAGGAAAAGUUAUCACUGACAGGAUGAAGAACAAAUUAGGUGACAUUUCGAGAAAAAGGUGGGGCAUGAUGCAGCAAAUCAAACAACACAGUGUUCCGCUACCAUCACUGCAGUUAACUCCGUUUGAAAUUGCUACAAUGACUUUUGAUAGAGCGGUAGAAAUGAAAGAAAAGAUUUCAGUCAUCAAAAGAAAGUACUACAGUCAACUACGCAAGUUGCGUGUUUGUGAAGCCCGUUCAUACUGGCCUACAAUGGAGUUUGGAAAGUUCCCGAGCCUUAGCUUUAAAGAAGCGUUCUUCACUUAUAUGGCUGGAAAAGAGGCUGAUGGACACGUAUUCAGGCCGUGGAAAUUAGAAGAUUCUAAAAAUCAUUAACAUUACUAGUUAUCAACUAGUAUAACGAAGCAGUACUCUUACUUCCUAACCGAAUAUAGUAUUUACUAGAACUAAAUAAGUUACCAUAUUAUUCAUACACCAACUAAUAAGCUAUGUAUACGUAAUUCUCUUACAGUUUAUAUUGCUCCAAAUAUUUGGUGAAUUUUUCGAAUAACUUUACCUGUUGUCACAUGAGAAGUGCCUGUAAAUUUUCUGUAAAUGAUCCUAUAAUCUAGUGAUUGUAAAUAAGUACUCCACGAAUCUCCAAUAAAUGAAACUGAUACGAAAAACAAAAACGACACAUGUGAAGAUAGACAAUUCGUCAGUUACAACUGGAGGGGUUAAUCUGCACUCUUGAAAUCUGGUAGUUUGUAAGAAAUCAGAAUUGAACCAGAUUAACUCACAAUCAGAUAAUAAAUGAAAUGUUACUGUGGCUCUGCAUUCGAUGUGUAACACCGAAGUAAUCUAAGGGGAUAAAACAAGUGUAAAUGUUAUAUCGAAAGGUUGAGUCGUGUACAUAAAUAAUUUUAAAAAAUGUUAUUUCAGGAAACUUUUUUCUGUUUAUCUUUCACGACAAAUUUUCAGAUCCUGGUCAUCCUGGACAUUUGUCAUCAUGAUCGUGUUGAAAAAUUUCCAAUAAUCGAUCACUGAAAUUUUCGAUACGACUUUUUUACGAUAAGUUUAAACAAAGCGUUAAUUCCCCCUGAGAAUAGUUUUCUCCGAUCCACA